AUGGCGGGCGGAUCGCUGUUUCAAGUCGGCCAUGAUGUCGAGUUUUGGCGGGUAUUAAUACAUCUGAGUAUCUUAGCCUUCUGUCUCGUCCUCUUCGAGGCUGCUCUCCACCACGUGGAGCACAAACUCUCUCGAUAUGACAAGUACCAGCACAUGCUUCGCAAGGCGUAUCGAGAACUCAUGAUCCUCGGUUUAUUGAGUCUCGGACUCAAACUACUCAAGGAGGUACCGGGUAUUCACGCUGACAGUAAGACCAUGCUGGCGUUCCAAGUAGCUGACCUUGCUAUCUUCAUCCUGGCUCUCGCGCUGAUUCUCCAAGCCAUUAUCGUCUUCUCGCAGCUACGCAAACACAACAAGGUGGCCGAUCAUACAGAACUGAUCACGGCACAAGACUUGGUCGACGCUAUAAACCCUCCCGCGGGUGUUUCACCUACACCACAGGCUCGAACGAGUACCUCAAAAUGGUUUUGGUCAAAGAAAACGAUCGGUGGAUUCGAGAAAGAGGUUGUGGAGCGUCGACUUUUGCGUCACCUAUUUCUCCGUCGUUUUGGAUUACCACAGCUCUUCCCGUUCUCCAAGUACUUGCGUCGAGCUCAAGCUAACCAGAUCUCACACAUGAUCGAAGUGGAGCCGUCGAUGUGGGUUCUUUUGCUUGUUGUCGCAUGGUUGAUCUGUGGGUUUGUAAGUAUCCUUGAACAUCUAAACGUAGAGUUACCAGAAAGUGAGGAGCUAGUGGAAGUAAUUGUUGCGUUCGCAUGGAGUCUCGUGGCACUUCACAUUGGAGUGCUGCUAUACUUUCGCUCGUGCUUGCACCGAGUAUUAACGAUAGCAGGUUACAGCGACGACGAAGCUGUUUUAACUGCAAAUCUCCGAUCUAUUGCUCAAGAGGAAGCGAUUGCAUGGCGAAACGAAGCAGCAGAUAAUGCCUUGGAUACGAUGAACCGAGUACAGGAGGAACUGGAGGAAAUCGAGGAGCGUCGGCACGCUGAACGUCACGUGAUACUUCGGAAAGAUGUCGGGCUUCAACUGGCUGUAACAUGCUGCCGUAACAUUCAGAAGAGCGGAGACAUUAAGCCACGCGAGGCGAGUGGCGUACAGCCAGAAUCUCCAGAUAUUCACAUCCCGUUCUUCUCACGUAAAACGUGGCAUGUUGUCGUUAUGUUUCUCCUGAUCCUCAACGGGUUCUUCAUCGCACUGCUCGUACAGUGCGCAGUGUACGACCUAAACGUCAUCUACGGUGAAUUCGGAUUGCUCCCCGCUAUCAUGGUACCCCUCCCGUUGGUACUAAACACUCUGGUGUUUCAGCAGUGCAUCUUUCGCUACUUCGUCAUUGUCUGUAGUGUUCUCCGUGUUAAAGCCAACACUCUAGGCGAAGUCGUGAAUCAUUUCAGCGAGAUCGUGGAACUGCGAUCUGAAUUUGCAGCCUCUCUGCUUGAGUGUUUAAAGGAAGAUGGCUCGACGAUCCUUGAUUUACGCGCGGAAUUACACGCCCACGACUUGCAACAAACGGGUAUGAUCGACAUCGACAAACUGCGUACAAUUCUAGCUUCGUUUGGGUUUCGGUUGACGAGGUUCCGCUUCAACAGCGUCGCCAUGUUGCUGUUUGAACUGAGUGGAACUCGAGUUGCGUAUGGACAGCUCCUUCGAUUGUUACUGCUAGCCCAGCACGAACCUUCGAGUGAAAGUGGACCAAUGAGUUUUCGACAUCAUCACCCGCUUUUGCAGCGUAGUACGAUGUCUUUUGAUGACGGUGCGCGGAUGACGCGGUUGACUACACAAGCGUCACGUCAGGUACCUCUGCUCUCACAACCGAGCAUCGGAUCCGAACCAAGACUGAGCGAUUUCACGCACGUCAACACGCCUGGGUUGCCGCCAAUGCGACGAGUUUCAAGUGAGAUGACGUCCGAUAUCCACCCGAAUAUCAAUGUCAUUCGCAGACGACAGCCUACGCUCGAGCACAGCUACACGCACCAGUUUGCUGGUUCCACCUCUCGAACAUUGCACGACAUGUUUAAUAUCAGCAGCGCAUCCGAGUCGCACAUGACAUCCGUGCAUCCCGACACGGUGUACACCGUGCUUUAAACUGAUGCAUGUAUUAAUAACUAAAAUAGUGAGAACCACU